CAUAGCUUUCUGUGCAAAUAGCCCUCCAAAGUUUGGAAUCUUCAUAUGAAAAUGCUAAUCAAAUUUCUCUCAACUUAACUAAUGUUAUCAUUAAAUAUGGCUGCAUUUCCCCCUUCCUCAAUAGCAGCCAGCAAUAUUUGCAUUGGCAUUUCUUGGAAUCCAUGCUUUCUUUCAAACUCUUACAACCUUUUAAGUACCAUAAAGCUCAACUGUUUAUUGUUCAAAUGUUAGUAGAUUCUUGUGCAUCCUCUUCAAGAAAAUAGAGGACUUCUAAUCAUACAUUCAAUUCAAUUCUUUGAUACCUUAGUUGAAUUUUUGUCAAAAGAGAGUUUGCAUUCUAUUUCUGGCCCAAAAACAUUGUUUUUACAUUUGGGAUUUCUCCAAAAACUCAGAUUUAGAUUGGGACAGAAGAAGCAUGAGUUUCUUGACAUUUAUCACUGGAUCCACCAAAUCAUGGCAGCCAGCCAUGACUGUAAACACAACAACUGCAGCUUAUUGGUUAAACUGGAGGGUGCUUCUCUGUUCGUUGUGGGUGCUGAUGUCGAUGGUGUUCGCCUCUCUUCUUAUAUCGAAGCAUGAAUGCCGAAGGAGUUCACUAGAAAAUGCAGAGAACCAGGAGAAAGAAUUACCCGGAUUCUUGCAUGAAGAUGAGGUGUGGAGACCGUGCCUUCGAAGCAUUCAUCCUGGCUGGCUCCUCGCAUUUAGAGUGUUCGCCUUUCUGAUGCUUCUGUUGAUGCUUAUACUGAAUGUUGCUGUUGACGGGGGGAGCAUUUUUUACUUCUACACACAGUGGACUUUCACACUGAUCACAAUUUAUUUUGGGCUUGGAUCAUUUCUGUCAAUUCGUGGAUGCUAUGAAUAUGACGACAGAGGUUAUGCUGAGGAGCAUUUGGACACGGAGCGUGGCAAGGGCAAGGAGGGGAAUCAACAACAAAUUGUUCGCCAAGAGGCAGGAUGCUUGGCAUAUAUUUUCCAGAUCAUUUUUCAGAUGAAUGCCGGAGCUGUAAUGCUGACAGACUCAGUCUUCUGGUUCAUACUAGUGCCCUUUCUUGUCAUCAAAGAUUACCAUUUCAAUUUUUUGAUCAUAAACAUGCACUCAAUAAACGCGGUGUUUCUGCUCGGGGAGACUGCUCUAAACAGUCUAAGGUUUCCGUGGUUUAGAAUCGGAUACUUUUUUCUGUGGACUUGUGCUUAUGUUCUGUUUCAAUGGAUACUACAUGCCUGUGUCUGGAUAUGGUGGCCUUAUCCCUUUCUUGAUCUCUCAUCUUCCUAUGCACCAUUGUGGUAUUCAACUGUGGCAUUGAUGCAAAUACCAUGCUACGGCAUUUUUGUGCUAAUAAUGAAGGGGAAACAUUCUUGUCUAAAGAAGUGGUUUCCUGAGUCAUAUUGGUAUGCUCACCUCUGAAAUACCGUGAUUGAAGACUUCAAUUCUAAUUCCAAUUCCAAUUCCAAUUCACAUCCUCGUACAAAACGGAGCCUAAAAAGUUUUGAGCUUUUCGAAGGAAAACAAAGUGGCAAGGUGAGGCCAUUUCAAUCGUGGUUAGAAACAAGAGGUGGAUUAUUAGAUUUUGAGAGAUGUGCAUGCCAGUACAGAUUGUUACUCCAUAAAUGUAUGUAACUAGAAAUAGAUUUCAGACACGAAUAUAGGGAUACAUAUAUAUAUUCUUCAAUCUUCAUGUAGCCGUCGCUUUCAUUCUUUGUCAUACCACUGCAUGUCUUGAAGCUUACAAGCUAUGCACGUUACAUUUGUCAGCAAUCUCAUAAUGAUAUAAAAAACUUUUUACAAGU